AAGGCGCUAUAUAUUUUCUACUCGGUGAUUGUGAAACUGCAUGAACUAUGGGAACGAAUAUGUAGCCUUUGGCUAGAAGGAACGUCCUCUUUUAUACCCUCAAGCGAUUGGCUUAGGUUAAUGCAACGCUAUAUAAAAUAACGACUUCAACAUGAAUAUCAACGAGCAAGUUUCGUGUCCUAUAUGUCAAAUCGAUUUUCCAUCGUCGUUAAUUCAGUCUCAUGUUACAAAAUGUUUAUUUUUGAUCGACUCAAAUACCGCGGGUAUUUCAAAAGAGCCUAGUCAAAGUCCAGGAAGUAAAUCACUUAAAUCCAAAAGUUUUCCCAUGAAGAAGCCCGAUAACAAGAUUACGAAAAGAAAAAUUAGUUCAGGACAAACAUUUUUAAUUACAAAGGGCGAUUCUACCCAGCAAGAUUUGGAGACCAAAGAAACUAUAAAUAAUCCAGCUAAAAAAUCUCGAAUUAAUGAACGCAUACCUCUUGCCGAAAGAAUGAGACCCUCCAGUUUCUCAGGAUAUGUUGGACAGGAGCACAUUCUUGGACCUCGAUGUGCUUUGUUUCAAUUAUUACAUAAGGGAGAAAUACCUAAUAUGAUUUUAUGGGGACCACCUGGAUGUGGCAAGACCUCUUUGGCAAAUGUCAUAGCACACAUAUGUAAAAAUAAUACAACCAAUAAGAUGCGAUAUGUAAAGCUCUCCGCUGCUAUGGCAGGAGUUAAUGAUUUGAAAGAAGUGAUUAAUAUUGCUGCUAAUGAAUUGAAAUUUGGUCGACGUACUGUAGUAUUUAUGGAUGAAAUACAUCGCUUCAAUAAAACUCAGCAAGAUGUUUUUCUUCCUCACGUAGAAUCAGGAACUAUUACUCUUAUUGGAGCUACAACUGAAAAUCCUUCAUACAAUUUAAACUCUGCAUUGUUAAGCCGUUGUAGAGUAGUUCUUUUGGAAAAAUUGUCUACUUCUAAUUUAGUGUCUAUAUUAAAAUGUGCAUUAUCUUCGUUAGGUGGCAUAAUACAAAUUUCAUCCGAAUCAAAAUCUAUGACCAAUUUAUCAAGUGGAAUUAUUUCAGAAUCAUGUGGAUCUGGUACAUCGUCGAUUCCAAGAUUCAUUGUAGAUGAAGCUACCAUACAGUGGUUAGCAGAAACAUGCGAUGGUGAUGCUAGAAUAGCUUUAGGUGGUUUAGAACUUGCUGUGCUAUCUAAAAUGCCAAGCAAAGAAGAAUUUUUAGAAACUGAUCCUGUACUGAUAACAUUAAAUGAUAUUAAAGAAAAUCUAAGGAAAACACAUAUGUUAUAUGACAAAAAAGGAGAUCAACAUUAUGAUAUGAUUUCAGCUUUGCAUAAAUCGGUAAGAGCAAGCGAUGAAAAUGCUUCUCUUUAUUGGUUAACUAGAAUGAUCGCGGGUGGUGAGGAUCCAGUUUAUAUAGCAAGAAGAUUAGUUAGAAUGGCAUGUGAAGAUGUUGGCUUAGAGGAUCCAAAAGCUUUGAGUAUCGCUGUAAAUACCAUGAAUGGUUGUAAAAUGAUAGGUAUGCCAGAAUGUGAUGUUCUUUUGGCACAAUGUACAAUUUAUUUAGCUCGUGCUCCAAAGUCUAGAUUGAUGGAAGAUGCACUUAGAGCAGCUCAAAGCAUAGUAGCAAAUCAUAAAGGGCCUCAACCAGGAGUACCGUUACAUUUAAGAAAUGGUCAAACGAAAACUCUUAAGAAUCUUGGAUAUGGUAAAGGAUAUAAUAUGUUGCAUAAAGACGAAUCUGGAUUAAAUUAUUUACCAGAAGGAUUAGAAAAUGUUGAUUUCUUUAUGAAAAAUGAGGAUAUUAAGUUUUAAGAUUUAUAGAAGUUUUUUUUUCUUUUUCCUUUUUAUAAAAUAUAUAUUUUUUCUACAAUUUUAGAUAUAAUUAUUUGAAUUAAAUACAGUGCAGCUAUACGUUCAAAUAGAUAUAUAGAUCUCUAGAUAGUACAAAUGUCGUUAAAAUUUGUGUUUAGAAAUAUUUUUUAUAUUUCCAUGGUAUUAUAUUAUUAACUAAUGUUUCGUCAAAUAAUAUCUAAUUUUUUUUCCAAAUAAUAACUUUAUUAUUAGAAGGCAUAUUAAAGAUUUCUACAAGCUUAACAUUAUUUUCUUCUGCUAAGUUUUCUAAUUCUCUCAAUUCUCUGAGGCCCCAAUCAGAAUUCAUUGAUUUUAAAGAUCUAUCAAAUUGUACAUUACUUUCUGGUGUGAUAGUCCCAUCAAUAGCAUAAGGGCCGUAUGUAAAUAGAAUACCAUUAGAUUUUAAUAAUUUGCCAGCAUUUUUAAAUAAACCGAUUGAGCAUUGAUAUGGUGCACAGUGCAUCAUAUUAGCAUUAUAUAUGUAAUCUAUACUUUUUUCCAA